AUGUUUAUUUGUUGUGGAAAGAAAUAAAAAAUUGAAAUUGCAAAUUUAAGAUCAUAACCCUUGUAGAAUGUAAAAAUGUAAUUGUAAGAGGUUAGUAUAGAUGCUAAAUUUGAAUUUCACUUAGAAGUAAAUAAAUUAUGAAUUAGAUAGAAAUUUUAAUGGAAAUUGAUGAGAGAAGCAAUAGGAGAAGAGUUAGUUAGACAAUAAUAGAAAGAAAAAGAACGAUUGAAAUUAGAACAAUAAUAGAAAUUGCAAAAAGAAGAUGAGGAACUAUAAAGAUUGCAAAGUUAAAUUGAAUAAUAAACAUUUGUUUAAAAAGAGAAAAAGUAAUUACAUGAUUAAUUAAUUGAUUUUUGUUCACAAAAUUGAAAAAGGAUUAUUUGAUAACCUAGAUAAAGAAUGAAUUACUUAAAAAAAAUGAUUGAGGACGAUAAGAAACAGAUGGGUG